UGUCUUUUUCAACUGAAUGAAUUAAUUUUUGUUGUUUAUAUUGUGUAUUUCUCUCAUAAAACAAGCAACACACCACGUGAAAGGUUAAUCAGUGCUUUCAACCUACUAAUUUUAAUGAGCUAAUAUUAGUUUGUGAGUUUAUAUAAUUUUCUUAAUGUCUUAGCAAAUGCAUACUUUAGCCUACAGCAUCAAAGCACAGCAAACACAGGUGUCGAUAACAUUAUGUUCCCUUUCAGUUGAUCCACUCAGUACAACACAUAAGAAUGGGAUGUCAUAACCUCAUGUGGCCUGACUGAAAAAUGUUUUAUUCACACCUAAAAGGCAGAUGACCUGUGACGUAUAUGGAGGCCCGGUCUGCACAUAUAAACACACAUCAGCAUGGUUAUUCCUUAGUUCUUACACAAUUCUCCUUGCUGAGAACACCUCACUCCUUUGGAGCAGUGAGGUGUUCUCAGUAAAGUGAAGUUCUCAUAGGUGCAGCUGAUUUUAGCUUCGCUUACUGUAACAAUAGAAUUGUUGUUCCAAUUUAGUGUUGUUAUGGGGAACAUGUUGAGUGUUGCACACACUAAGAGAAGCAGGCUGGAGCCUAACCCAUGUCCCACAUCUUGAACGGAUCCAAACUAAGUUGUAAGCAAUAUAGUUAACUGCUCGCUGAGCACUAAUUUUGGCUUUGUGACUUCUCCGAGCUUGUGUUUGAGAUGAGCACUAAGCUAAGAGUGCUAGCUUGUAGCUUGAGCCAGACUCUCAAUACGAGAAUGACGACCAGCGCAAAAACCCUCACGGUCCACUGGUUGCUACCUUUCUCACAAGGCCAUGGGGUUUAAGAGUCGCCUGUCCAUGUUACCCAGCUUCGUUUCAGAGCUAACCUUCACCUUGAACAAGCCUCUGUACACCCAUUUCACAGGCCGAGCUGCUUAACUCUAUAAACCUAUGGAGCCUUCCCUUGCAGCAUAUCUUAUACCGUCUCAGAACCAAGGAGAACACGCUCCUUCAAACACUGCUUUGUAAUAUAAAGUAUGAGUGCCAUUUAAAUGAUAAUGGAAAUAUGAACAUUCAAAAACAUAGAUACUCAAAUUCAUAACUCAGCUUUUGAAAGUGACACGAUAAUCACUUGAGCGGCGCCGCUGUUAGCUUCCAGCUAACAGAAUCCAUUGUAAUGUGUGUUACUGAGAUCUGUAAUGAGUAAAUUAUUACCUUUUUUUUUAAAUUCAUUACAUUACUGCAUUACAGCAAACGGCAAUACAUUACUGUUAUCACAUUCUAUCUUGAAAUACUCACAACACUGGCUGUGAGGAAUAUCUUUGCUGCAUCUAUGGUCAUCACCACACACUUUUGUUCAGUUUUAUUGUUUGGAACAGCCCCUUCGGUGAUUCGCGUUGUCCUCUCUGCUGGGCCUGUGAUGCACUAGAAAGCUGGAGGUUUACUCCUGGUUCAGUGGCUGCUCUGCAACCUUGUAUAUGUCCCAUACUUUAUGCUGUACCUAGAAGAUUGACUGUAAUGGAACAAAAUGUUGUGUCUAUUCUGUUCCCUGAAGGAGAGAAACAAGUUACAGCACCUAUAUGCCUAUUGCCUAUUAACAGCACUGAUAAAAGUUCUCUGAUAAAAGUUUGCUGAUAAAUCCUCUUCCAUAAUGGUAACAGGGAGAAUGCUAGCAGGCAACUUUGGCAAGAGCAGCAACCUGUGCCCGAAUGUGAAUUGGUCUCUCUGCAGUGACUGUGGUUCGGCAAAAGUUAACAACAUGUUAAAAUAGAUAGAUAUUGAUUUAAAAUCUAUAUUUUAUUUUUGUUUACUUGUCUAUUCAUUUACUGUUAUCUAUGAGGUGUUGAAGUGAUAGUGAAAAAAAAAAGAUAUCUUACGGGCCUGGCACCUUUACAGGCAUGUUCUCAAUUAAGUUUCUGACCCCCACUCUUAGUAAGCUAUGAAUCGAAAAAAGGAUCAGAGCCCCCCUUUACACCUGGUAAUAAAUGUCUUUCUGUGAUCAGAUAGCUCUUCUCCACAUUUACACUUGGUAUUAACAUGCAUCUCCGGGGCACACAUCAAGAUGCAAUCUGAUAUCUAUCCGAUCAUGAUCACAGACUACUCUGAUUAUACAACACUUUGUGUGACUUUGAGUCCAGCUCUCCUACUUUUCUGCUCUCAUCUCUGUCCCUGACUUCUUGUUUUAACUUCAUUUGUCCCAUCUGAAUAAAGGCAGAAAAGCCAGAAACAAACCUUAACAACAACAAUGUGAAGUCAGUGAAGCAGAGAGAGAAGCAGAAGAGACGGCAGGUUUUGUUGCCGCUUUUAAUUCAGCUGUACUUUGCUGUUGCUGGCUGAUUUGCCCCAGAAUUAUAACUACUGAUAGGUUAUGAGAGUAGUUGUGUAUAUGGAUUAGAGAUGCAUUUGGAUUUACAAAUGUGUUGAAUGUUGACGCAAUGAAGUCCCUGACCACCUCCAGAAGUGGUUUGGCAGUGGUCCAGUGCUAUCAGAACAUGAUCCAAUUACACAUUACAUAGCUUAGCUAUAUACCACUCGUGUGGCCACCCAAUCAGAUGCCUUCUUUUUACACUGUAUACUUUUCACUAAUGUUAGACUGAAUUAUGUUGAAAGGAGGAAUCACAGGGAACGUGGACGAGAAUAUAGAAUACAUUCUCUCUCCACCCAGCUCUGCCCAAGUAUAACCUCAGGUGCCCAAUAACUGCUGUGGUGGUGCCAAUUGUUGGCCUAUUACCCAUUCUUCAGCUGAUCAUAAUACAAAAUACAUGGGGGUGUGUGUCUUUAUUGCUGUUCUACUUUCAUAAAUGCAACAAACUGUAGUUUUUGUAUGAUGGAGUUAUAUGUGAAAUUUCACAAGCUGCUUUGUUAUUAAAUAUGUUUUGUGACAGCAGAGAAAUGAUAUUUGGUGAAAGAGCAAACAAAAUGUCUCUUCUGAUCAUAAAGGUUGCACACCUCCCUGCUGGAGGAAGGCCAACAAUGGUUCGUUCUGCAGCAGGUUAAUGAUAAACCCCACCCCAGUUAUACAAUGUUUUUUUUUAAUAUUCUUCUUAAGUUUGUUUCUUCUUUUAUUAACUGGUGUGUUUUGAAAUGUAUACAUUUUAUUUUAAGUCUAUGUAUAUUCCAUCAAAAUCAUAUACAUAUAUUUAUAUAUACAACUGGGGACACCUGUCCCCCCGCUGAUUGGUUUGAUCCACACGUGAGACAGCCUGGCAGCUGCAGCAGAUUACUCACCGUCACCGGAGGCAGAUGACAGCCACAGGUAAUUAAUUAAGUGUCACUGUUGACUUUUGUAGAACAUACUGACAUCUUUUUAAAAAAAUGUUUUGCUUAAGACGUUAAUUCAUCGUGAUUUGUAUGGUUUAGCAUUCUGCCUUGCUAGCUAAAGCUAAACUUGUUAAAAUGUGUAGCAUGCUGUUCAAUACUGAAGUGAGGGCAAAGCUGCAUGAAUUUCAUAACAGAGAAAAAUAGACAGACAUUUUUAUCAAUAUUAUGUCAGAGGGAAAGGAGAGCAAAGACUAUAGACAUAAUUAAUUUAAGGCCUCAUCCCCUGACGUCAUACAUCAGUGCGUCCGCCAUUUUGUGAGUGGCAAGGCCUCACUUUUAAACUAUGGCAGACGUGGAAACUGCAUUUUCUCUAUCAACAACACGUUUAAAAUGUUUAAAGUACAAAGAUUAUUUAUUUUAUGAUACCAGUAUUAAGUCAAGUCAGAUGAUAUUCAACAUUCAUUUGGUAUUCAAAAAAAUAAAAUAAAAAUUAUGCACUUAAACCAGUUCAUUGAAUUAUGUCAAACCACUUAUGCAAUGUUAAGACUCAUAUCCCUCAUGUAUUGGAAGGAUUGUUUUUAAUAAUAUAUUUCUUAAUGAUUUAUGUUUACUAAACUUAAAUCUUUAGAAUCAAAAGGUUUCGCAAGUAUAGGUUCUUGUGACAUCCCUUAUUCAAAAACAAGCCUUGCAAUACAUGAGGGAUAUUAGUCUUUACGUUGCACAAGUGGUUUGACAUCCCUAGGUCAACAGAUAAGGAAGCAUAAUAGAUCUAAGUUUAGCAAAAAAUCAUAAAAAUAUAUUAUUCAAAAACAAGCCUUGCGAUAAACGAGGAAAAUAAGUAUCUGUGUUGCACAGUUGGUUUGACAUAAUUCAAUGAAAUGGUUUAAGUGCAUAACAGUUUAUUUUGAAUAUCAAACUGACUUAAUACUGGUAAUGAAUGUCUCCAAAUAAGCUUGUUCACAGUUUAUCAGUAGACACAAAUAUUGUAUAUCAAAUAUUUACAAUAAAGUAAGUGCUGAAUAUCACAGCCUCACAAUUGAUGUGGGAACACUGUAAAUUAAUGUUAAUGAUAUGAUGAUUUGAAAAAGAAAUGCACUCAAAAACAAAUUUUACCCUUUUACACACUGUUGUUAAAAAAAUUUGAGUUUCAGUAUGAGAAUUACUGCUUCUGUUGAGCCUAACAUAUGAAAAUGUUUUUUUGUGGACAUUUACUAUCAGAACUUGGCCAUUAGUACAGCAGUGAUUCUAUGUUAUUUAUUGAAACCAAAUACAGUAUGUCACUUAACGAUCCUAUGUUUCCAUGUUCAGUCAGUAGAUUUAUAUUUAGUUUGUGAUUCUAAGUUUGAUGUAGUCCAUUAAUAAAUUAGAUAUUAUUUUGUUUAUUAUUUUAAUACGUAAAACUGUUAUUAUCUAAACAGGUUAAACAAUGUCUGAUGGCGGCUGCAGUUUAAAGAAUCCUUCCAGAAGGAGGCUGCGGAUCAAACCACAACAAGAUGCGGAAACCCACAUAAAACUGAAAACUGACAAGGCGGGUCUUAGAGAGGUAUUUGUGAACUCUUACAAAGGACGAGGCGUUUUUGCCUCAAUACCUUUCACCAAAGGAGAUUUUUUGUUAGAGUACAAAGGGAAACUUUUUACUCCAGACAGGCCUCCUGUCAUUGAGACCUACAGUGAGACUGAAGCAACAUUUCUCUUUGAUUUUCAAUGGAAAGGGAACUCUUGGUGUAUUGAUGCAUCCAUGGAGGACCAAUCACUUGGGAGACUGGUGAACGAUGAGCACAAAAACCCAAACUGCAAAAUGCGGCCAAUUGAAGUGGACAGCAUGCCGCACCUCUGUCUAUUUGCAAUUAGAGACAUUGUGCCAGAGGAAGAAAUUACAUACAAUUAUGGGGAUUCAGAUUGGCCUUGGCGCAAACAGAUUUCCACUUCUCCUGUGACCACACCAUCAGUGGAUGAAGACUUAAAUGACAGCCGUCAGUCCCUGAAUUCUGGCGAUGCUGUGGAACCAUUGUCCUCCAAUGUAAAUGAGAUUUCCACUUCUCCUGUGACCACACCAUCAGUGGAUGAAGACUUAAAUGACAGCGGUCAGUCCCUGAAUUCUGGCGAUGCUGUGGAACCAUUGUCCUCCAAUGUAAAUGAGAUUUCCACUUCUCCUGUGACCACACCAUCAGUGGAUGAAGACUUAAAUGACAGCCGUCAGUCCCUGAAUUCUGGCGAUGCUGUGGAACCAUUGUCCUCCAAUGUAAAUAAGAUUUCCACUUCUCCUGUGACCACACCAUCAGUGGAUGAAGACUUAAAUGACAGCCGUCAGUCCCUGAAUUCUGGCGAUGCUGUGGAACCAUUGUCCUCCAAUGUAAAUAAGGCAUUUCAGUCCAGGAUCACUAAAUUGAAACAGCACCAUGACAAAUGCACUGAACGCUACAUGGCCUCAAAGGAAGAACGCAAUGCAAUUGAAGGACAGCAUACCUUCCUUUUACAUCAACGUAUGCUUCUUGAUCAACAGCCUGCAGAGUUGACUAAUGUAUCUGCUCCUCUACCAUCUACUGCUAAAUCCACAGAAAUGAAAAUUCCCUUCAAUCAUGCAGUGACCCAUGAGUGUAACCCAAAACUAAAAUCAGGAAAAAGACGGCACAUGAAUGAAGCCUCAGAUGAAUCAACAGAUGAGAGCAGUCAUACUGACUACAGCGAUGUUGAUUACAUACCUGACACUGAGGGAAGUGACUGUGAAGACCUAUCUUUGACCCCUAUACAACCACCACAGAAGGCACGGUUUCCCAAAUUAAUUCCAGUGACCGGGUACGGCCCAGACAAAGAAAGUAGCACAGAGAAAGACCAUACAGUAAAGAAGAGACUGGCAUUCAGCCCAGGAAAAAAGAAGAAAUGGACAGUCAGAACUCAAAAAAAGAACAGCACACCACUCUGCCCAGAAAAAGAAAGUGGUUUGACAGUUAUCCCAGAGAAAGACAGUAGCUUGAUUAUCAGCUCAGAGACAGAAGAAUGUUCAGUUGAAGUAUUGUGUACCACAAAUACUCAAGAGCGUCGGGUGUAUGACAAAAGGAACUAUUGUCUUUAUUGCUCCAAGCCAACGUCAAAGAUCUCGCGACACCUUCAAACUGUUCAUCACAAUAAACCAGAGGUUGCCAAAGCACUCUAUUAUCCAAAAGAUUCUAAAGAAAGGCGAGUUCGUUUGGCCAUUCUAAGGAACAGAGGAAACUUUACCCACAAUACAGAUGUGGUGAGAAAAGGAACUGGACAUCUUGUUGCACGUUAUCGAACAAAGGAGAUCAGACAGGGUAAAGAUUUCAUUCAUUGUCUGCACUGUCAAGGUCUUUACUCUAAAAAAACAUUGUGGAAACAUAUCAAAAUCUGUCAAGAGCAGGCAGGAGAUGAUGCCCCCCAAGUUGGAAGAAAAAGAGUUCGAUCCCUGUGUGCUCUUAGCACACCUGUCGGUCUUGAUAUUGGUGAAGGCCUAAAGAAAAUUCUUACCCACAUGAUCUAUGAUGAAGUGUUCCACGUUGUUCAGAAUGACAAAUGCAUCCUGCAACUGGGACAAUAUAUGUUCAACAAACUGAAGAACAGAGGGAACAAUAAUGAUGACUACAUACGACAGAAGAUGAGAGAAGUUGGAAGAAUGGUUCUUGAAGCUAAAAAGAUAACACCACUGAAGAAAAUGAAGGAUUUCUUCAUUCCUCAGAACUUCCCAUAUGUUAUAUCUGCAGUGAAGGCGGCAGCAGGAUAUGAGCCCAAAACCAAUACAUAUCAAACCCCUUCUUUAGCACUCAAGCUUGGCCACAGUCUAAAGAAAAUAUCUAGUAUUGUUGAGAGCAAUGCUUUGAUGGUUGGUGAUCAUGUCACAGCAGAAUAUGCCAAGCGAUACAGGACUAUACAUGACGGCAGAUGGGAAGAGUUCAUCUCCUCUGGUGCCCUAAACACUCUGAAGGAGGCCAAGUGGAAUAUGCCACAGGUGUUACCAUUUACCCAAGAUGUGAAGCUCUUGAACCAUCACAUGGAAAAGCAGCAAUGCAUUUCAGAAAGAAUGCUAAAAAUCUCCCCCACUCCAGAAAACUAUGCUGCCCUGACUAAGGUAACACUUGCUUUAGCCAUUACAUUCAAUAGAAGAAGGGCAGGAGAGGUAUCACGGAUGUUACUGAGUGCUUUUAGAUCCCGGAACAAGUCAGUGUUGCAUGACGACGUGGCUAUCUGCUUGACUUCAUUUGAGAGGAAGAUGUGUGAGUUCUUCACAAGGGUGGAGAUCCGAGGGAAACGUGGGAGGAUGGUCCCUGUCCUAUUAAAACCAGCAAUGGUGACUGCUAUGGAGCUGCUGGCUGAGGUGCGAGAAAGCUGUGGUGUACCCAGUGAUAAUUUAUUCGUGUUUGCAAGACCUGACGCCUUGUCGGCCUACAGAGGGGGAGAGUGCCUUCAGAAAUAUGCCAAACUGUGCGGUGCCAAACACCCUGAAGCACUGACUUCCACAAAGCUUCGAAAACACAUCGCAACUAUGUCACAGGUCUUGAACCUGGAAGAAAAUGAGUCUGACCAACUUGCUGACUUCUUAGGUCAUGAUAUUCGCAUCCACCGACAGUACUAUCGGCUACCCCAAGGAACUCUGCAGCUUGCUAGAAUGAGCAAAGUGCUACUGGCUAUGGAGAGGGGGACUGUGUCGCAAUUCAAAGGGAUGACACUGGAUGACAUCGAAAUUGACCCUGAAGAGAAAAUGCCAGACUCCAAUGAAGAGGAGGCUUCAAGUGACCCUUCAGAUGAGGAAGAUGAGUUCACCAGCACUGACAUGGACACAUCUACAUCUUCAGAACCACCACCUGCUGCCACUCCUCCUACACAAGAACCAGCAGAAAGACGCAGGCAAAGAUGGGAAGGAGAAGAAAUUAAAGCUGUGGAGAAACACCUCAUGAACUUCAUCAGAACCUUCACCGUUCCUGGUAAACGUGACGCUGUGGUUUGUCUACAAAACGAAACAGCACUAAAGCACCGAACAUGGACAGACGUUAAAAAUUAUGUGAGAAACAGAAUCACUGCCCUGAAGAGACAGACGAGCACAAGCAAGUAAAUACGUCUAUCUCUUCUAUUAUAGAAUUAGAUUUGUGUCAACAUUUUCAAACACUUAACAUACACUUAUUGUUUGGAAUGAUCAGAAUUUUGUUUGCUCUGACUCUCUUGUGUUUGCGUUCCCUCCCACUUUGUUCUUUGCACCAUGUUUUUUGGUUUGGGAUUCUAACCAUGGGCAGGCCUUAGGAAGCAGCCUGCUGAUUGGUUAGUCAGAGCAGCAAAAUUCCUAUCAUUGCAAACAAAAAGUGUGUUUUCAAACAUAAAAUACAAUAUUUUAUUUACAAUUUGUGUAUUUUGAGUUAGUGGUUUAUUUUUGUUUGCUCAAUUCAUAAAGUAUUUGCUUCUUAAGUGUUUGAAAAUAUUGACACAAAUCUAAUUCUAUUCUCUCUCUCUCUCUCUCUCUCUCUCUCUCUCUCUCUCCCUCUAUAUAUAUAUAUUUACUGUGUUCAAAACAGAUGCAAGUGGGCAUCAAAAAGGAGAGCUAAACAAUGUUCAAUUUAAUUUUACAUUUUAAAAACAAAGUUUAUCAGCCGUUUCUGCUGCAGCAGAUGUGAGUUUCUCCGUUUGAAUUUUAUUUUGUAAUAAUGGCCCUUUUGAUAAUUAAAUAUCAAUGAAGCUCUUCGAACCUUAUUUCCCUGUUUUUUGUACCUGCAUGUGGCUCUCCUCAUUGGUUGUAACAUUUGUGUUGUUGAGACAGUUAGUAUUAUAGUAUUAGUAUUUAUUGGGGGCUAGACAAAUCUCAAGGUCUGGAAUCUCUGGCUUACAUGAAACAAGACCCCAAAGAUGACUUCUAUCCGAGUUUGUGUACAGCCCACGUCCCCAAAGGUAAUGUUUGUCCCCAAACUCCAGGUAAAUAAUCAUACUGGCAAAAAGAAGCUCCAAUCAAAAAAACAAAGUGAUUUUUGGAAAGAGGGCAUCCCAAAAACACUUUCAGUGGUGGCAGCUUCUCUCUAAACCAUAACACAACAUCACAAUAUUGGGUGUCCCCCAAAGUUGGGGUUUCUGUCAUCCGACCACCAAGGUGGCCUAAGCGCGUAUGUGUGUGUGUGUGUGUGUGUGUGUGUGUGUGUGUGUGUGUGUGUGUGUGUGUGUGUGUGUGUGUGUGUGUGUGUGUGUG